GGCUUGCCUCUCAUUUGCACCCGAACCACACACGGAUCGUUAUAUCCUGCAUUGCAAGACUGGAAUCGAUGCAAACUACUUGAACGGACUGCCGGAAAGGCCCAGAACCUUCAGAGGCUUGCGCAAGCCACGAGUCUUACGCGUCGUCCUGAAUCAGCCGCCUCGAUACGCAUGCUCAAGUACCCGAGUAUCUUGGGAUUCCGUGUCUGCCUUUGAACCGUACCGCUCUGGAUUGUUCGAGUCACUGGACUCCAUUGCACGAUGUCCGAGACUUUCGUAGCGUCCUUCACGCAUUUGAAAGACCGGCCAAGAGCCGAUCGAGCUCUGGAGCAGCUCAAACGGCUCGCAUCCCUCGUCAAACCGAUUAUGCGAAAGCAUGGCUGGAAGCUGCCCGUUCUCUCCGAAUUCUUCCCCGACAAUCCGUCCUUGUUAGGUCUCAAUGUCAACGCAGGCCAGAAGAUCUUGGUCCGCCUACGGCCCGCCUCGGCGCCUGACACAUUCUAUGAUGAAGACGAUCUUGUGCAUACUUUGCUACAUGAACUCACACACAACGUCCACGGUCCACACGAUGACAAGUUCUACAAGUUUCUGGCCGAACUCGAAGGGGAAUACGACGCGCUCAAGCGGUCGGGUUACGCCGGCGAAGGCUUCUAUUCACUUGGACAUAGACUGGGCGUGAAUACCUCUCACAACCUGCCACCGCAUCUCGCACGGCAGAAAGCCGUGGAGGCUGCAGAGAGAAGGGCGCGUAUUGGAGGCAUGAUGUCCGGCGCUAGGCGAUUGGGCGGCGGCGACCUGACGGCCGUCAGAAGAGGAAUGUCUCCCCGAGAAUUGGCCGCCGAAGCCGCUGAACGCCGGGCGAGAGAUGCCGUGUCAUGCGGCCAGGGUUCGCUCGCCCAGCAGGAAGCUGAGAAAGCUGCAAAAGAGAGCGCCGCGACUGACGCCGACAUUGACCUUACCGUAGAAGACGAUGACGAUAUCGUGAUCCUUGACGGACCCGCGUCAACCCCGAGUUCCUCCAAGAUCGCCGCGCGUAGACCAACGGCAUCGGCUACAUCAGCGGCUGGUGGAUCGACAUCUGCCAGCCGUAACUCAGGACCUGGCACCCUCGAUGGAGAAUGGGCUUGUCCCACAUGCACCCUACUCAAUCCACCGGCGUCCUCUCAGUGCACUGCCUGCCUGUCACCUCGGCCCAAACCGAGAGCUGUGAUCGGCAGUGGAUGGAACUGUCCGUCCUGUACAUUCGAAAAUACUUCCGGCGCCACUCGAUGCGUGAUGUGCGACUCACCGCCUUUCGCUGGUGCACCGCGUGCAACCCGGCCGGUCAGGAGCAGAGGGGAUCCGGCGAAGCCGAAAACGACCCAAUCGCGUGUACCCCCCGAAGACGAACGGAAGUGGUCCUGUCUGGUCUGCGGAGAGUCGGACAUGCCUCACGAACUCUGGAGCUGUCGAUUCUGCGGGACAGUCAAGUUCAGCAGCUGAACUUGAGUGUUCAACUAGGCCAGUUCCACCUAUGCCGGAGGGGACCUGUUCGCUUGCUUAUCUGUCCCGACCUCUCCGUGCUCAUCUCCAAUGGAACCUGU